CGGAGUCAUCGAGCGCGUGGAAAGGGCGAAUCUCAGAAACCUGCGUGGAUUUGGGACCACAAGAGCCUCUGAAAGUGAGAUGUCUCAACAUUGGAAAUGCAGCUCCACACGUACCUGUUGCUGUUUAUCAUCACAACAGAGAAAACUCUGGCCUCGUUGAACCAGCGCUGUGGUGGAAAUGUCAGUCUGGACCGAGAGCCUGUUGGCCGGGUCACCCUCACCUCACCCGGACUUUUUACUGACACCAGCCCCCCCGACUCCGUGAGUGACUCUGCGCUUUCCCUUUGCACCUGGGUGAUGGAGAUUCCUCCGGGGAAGAGGAUACUUCUAAAGGUGGAAACCGGCUCACAUUUGUCCCUUUGCUGCGCCUGGAACGAGGGUGAGCGGCGUUUGCAGAACGGGGAGGCGGUUCUGCUCUCUGGAUGUGACGGAGACAAAGCCAUCCUCAGAGGGUCAGGAUUCUCCUCUAACAUCGUCAGUCUGGUCUACUACGUCCAGGGAGGUGAACAGAGUGUCUCUGACGUCCACUCAACUCACCAAUCCGACCAGGAGACUGCUGGUUUGACUCAGACUGGACCCAUCUUCACCAGCACACCCACUGCUGCUCAAGAGGGGGUAAAAGACACAGAGGACCCCCUCUAUGAAGGACGUUUCAGGCCUCUGUCCGAGUCCAGCACCUCUUCUCCCUAUGGGAGGCUGCGGGGACGCCCUGUCGCUGGGAAUGCUGAUAGGGAAACUCUCUACCUUCCUGAGGAAAAAGCAAACAAUGGAGCGGAAACAUCUGGAGCUGCUCGUGAUACCAAAACACGCCCGUACUUUCAGGAUACGGUGAAGCCUAACGCCUCAACCGAAAGGGUUAACUCUUGGACUGAAAUGUCACAGAGCAGAGAAACCUUCUUCAGCUCUACGGCGCCCCUCACCGCUGAUACUGAAGCCUCUAAACACACACAAACAGACGAGACCGCCUCCCACUCCUCUCUUCGCGCAACCUCUUCUGAGAACCAGAUGCAGGAGGGCAAACCCACCAUAAUUGCACGUGGCGGUGCUGCUGGUGGGACACCUGGAGGUAAACAGUCUUUUUCCUGGAGAAGCCAGCGGAGUACAGACCAGCUCAACUUCCAUCCGACUUCCACCUCCGACCUCUUAAGAUCAUCCGCCGCACCUCCACACCGUGACUCAAGCAGUGCAAUCGCUGACACCGAACCCACUUCAUCAUUCUCCUCACCCACCGCCCACAUCCCAGAGCGCGGCGCUGAUGUUGGCGCUGCGGAGGCCGCUUCAGGUCGUCCACACGCAAACCGCAGUGACUCACUUGCAUCCUCAGCGUCUGCUGUCACCGAUCCGACUACAUCUGAGCUUAAAAGCACACGCGUGCUUACUCCUUUUGGUGCCACAAGCUCUCCAGAAAGCGCUGAGAGUCUGGAGUUUAGGUCGACACAAAGUGGGGACAGAGACACUCGAACAGAAAGUCCUCAAAAAAUGAUAGAUUUUCCACAUGUGAUCACAGAAAUGAUCUCCACUCUGCCUGACGGUAUGAAGGACGGACAGACUUCUGCUUUUACUGACUCUUUAUCUUCAACCAGAGCAGCACAAACCCAGAACUUGACUUUAGCAGAGCCCACAGGAGAGCAGCACAAACCGCCUGCUACUUACAUGGUGUUGCAUGACAGUUCGCCCACAGGUUGGUUGCUGUCCAGCGCGACCACAGACUCCUCAACACCUCCUUACACGCUCCAGCCACACUCUGAGCCUUCCGUUGACGAUCAAAGAGCUGUCAUCUCCUCUGUCAGUGAUUCCUACAUCCACACAGGCUUGAUGGAUCAGAGCCCUUCACCAUCCAGCUCUCACAAUCACCAGCUUGUGCCGACUUCCUCUAACAUCUCUCCUACGUAUGAACAAACCCAGCGUGUCGCUGCUUCUGCUUACACCACCACUACCCCACCUUCAAAAUCAGACUAUGGAGGGGUAAACAUAGAGGAAGAGUUCAGGUCAUCGUCUCCCACAGCUUCACAUCCCAGUCAGCAGAGCCGUUUCACUCUCACAGCCUCUGCUGGGACCUCCACACCCACCCAGAACUCCACCAGCAGUCCGAUGUUCUUCGUAGUGCCCAACCAGCCAGCAGCCAUCAGAGAGGACUCAGUCGAGCUGCUGCUACAGAUCAUCGUGGAAGAUGCUAAAUCAGCUUUUGCAGCUGGUUUGGAGGAAGACACAGCAGCCUGGAUGGAGCCGUAUCUGCAGAGAGCUCCGGGCUUCAGCAAACUGCUGGGAGUUUGGAGCAGUGGCCAUGCGGUGCAGAGUCUGCUGGCUUUUAACACCAGAGGGGCGCUGCAGUGGCUCAGCAUGACUGGAUCUACUUCACUGCUGGAACGCACAGGACUGGCUCAGGCUGUCCGUGAAGGGAAGACAUUCAGAUCAUCCAGGGUUACGAACAUCACACUUGGAGGACUUCAGGGGGAUGUGUGUAGCUGGUUACUGCAGUGCCCUGAAGGCUACAAAUGUGGGCCUCAGCCUGGCACAACAAACUACAGCUGCUCCUCUGUCUGCCACUUUGACCACUGCCACCACCAUGGCAUCUGCACACACCAUCCAGAUCAACUUCCCGUCUGUCGUUGUCUUGUAGGGGAUGACUUCUGGUAUAUGGGUCAAAGGUGUGACACCAAGAUGACUCGAGCGAGGCUUGCGGGGGCGUGUCUGGCCGUCUUGCUCAUCGCUGUGAUCGUCAUCGGCACGUUGGCCUACGUGGCUGUUCGGCGCUAUCGUGACAUUCUGAUCCAGGCCAAAGUGGACCAGACCCGUAGCAGCUAUCGCAGGUUCAACCAUUUUGACGAGCUGUCGGGUCGCUUCUGGCUGCGCUCGUGGGCGGGAUCUGCAGACUCUCUGGACAAUCUGGGCUUCACGCGCUCCGAUGAUCUGCUGCAUCUGCGGGCACGCGACCACCCCUGUUGUUUCCAUGACGACACGCUGUCCCUGCCUUCAACCUGUCCCAGUCAUGGAGCACACAUCAGCACCAUCUACCCACACAGCUCCCAGUAUGGUUGGCGGGGGAGUGGGGUGAGCGUGGGAGAUGGCGUGUUGGACUCAGGAAAAGCCAGUGACCUGUCUGUCUGUAGCUGGCCCGUAGAACCCAUUCACUGGACCCCAUUUCCGCUUCUGCAGCAGCUCGCUUCCCACAGGACUCCAGCAGUCCGGGUGUCACGUCCACGUUCCUACUGUGAAGGCAUGGAGCUGGUAGACAUGGGGAAAAGCUGGACAGCUUGAUCGCCUCGUGGAUUCAUUCAAUUUCAGCUCAAAUGUUUUGAAAGAACAAAUGAAAAACUGUUACUGUAUAUAAAUGUUCAAUUGUAUUUGUGUCCAUAUUUAUCUGAUGCUAAAGCAGUGUUACCGCUAUUAAAUGCUAGAUUUUUGAUGUCAAAACAUUUUUAUGUGUCAAGUAAAUUGAAAUAAAGGGAAAAAUAUGAAUUGUACUUUUGCUUGAACAUUGCAAUGAGGCUUUUUCUUGUUUGUAUGUGUUUAAAAAAAAAAAAAUAAAGAUUAUGAUUUUUAAGAGGAAAA